ACUUUUGUGGCUCAACACCUCGUUUCUUUUGCACCCGAACCGCACCCACGGUAACACGGAUUCUGCGAGGAAUGAAGGAGUAGAAGAUAACGGGACAUUCCCUUGUGUCAAAGUGAGAGCCAACGACGACGAUCCUAAGAAGUAUAAACUUGGAAGAGUAUUCACAAAAGUCUUGAAGACUAAAGCUUCACAAUGGCUCUACCAAGAUUGAGGGUAAAUGCAAGCAACGAGGAGCGUCUUGUACAUCCAAACCACAUGGUGUACCGUAAGAUGGAGAUGCUUGUCAAUCAAAUGCUUGAUGCAGAAGCUGGUGUUCCAAUCAAGACUGUCAAGAGUUUUCUGUCAAAAGUUCCAUCUGUAUUCACCGGACAAGAUCUGAUUGGAUGGAUCAUGAAAAAUCUUGAGAUGACUGAUCUUUCGGAUGCCCUUCAUCUGGCUCAUCUGAUCGCGUCACACGGUUAUCUUUUCCAAAUUGACGAUCAUGUGUUAACGGUUAAAAACGAUGGAACAUUCUAUCGGUUUCAAACUCCAUACUUUUGGCCGUCAAAUUGUUGGGAUCCGGAAAAUACUGAUUACGCGGUGUACCUGUGCAAGCGGACAAUGCAGAACAAAGCGCAUUUGGAACUGGAGGACUUUGAAGCGGAGAACCUGGCAAAGCUGCAGAAGAUGUUCUCGCGCAAGUGGGAAUUUGUGUUCAUGCAAGCCGAAGCUCAAUACAAGGUCGACAAGAAGCGAGAUCGCCAGGAGCGCCAAAUUCUUGACAGUCAGGAACGUGCUUUCUGGGAUGUUCAUCGUCCAGUGCCAGGAUGUGUAAACACUACAGAAGUCGACUUCCGGAAGCUUUCACGGUCUGGAAGGCCCAAGUACAGUAGUGGAGGACACGCAGCAUUGGCCGCUUCAACGUCGGGUAUCGGUUGCACUCAGUAUUCACAAAGUGUGGCAGCAGCUCAUGCGAGUCUUCCAUCAACAUCAAAUGGGAGUGCAACAUCUCCAAGAAAGAACGAUCAGGAGCCAUCAACAUCAAGUGGGGGUGAAUCUCCAUCAACAUCGUCUGCUGCUGCUGGAACUGCCACAACAUCUGCACCAUCAACAUCAACGCCUCCGGUGACAACUAUUACUGCAACGAUAAAUGCAGGAUCAUUCCGAAAUAACUAUUACACAAGACCUGGAUUACGGCGGUGUACACAAGUACAGGAUACGUUAAAACUGGAAAUUGUGCAAUUGAAUAGUCGAUUAUCAAAAAAUGUAUUACGUACAUCUAAAGUUGUAGAAAAUUAUUUGGCAUAUUACGAACAACGUCGAGUAUUUGAUCCACUGUUAACGCCUCCUGGAUCUCAGGCUGAUCCUUUUCAAUCACAGCCUAAUCCAUGGAUUAACGAUACUGUUGAUUUUUGGCAACAUGAUAAAAUUACGGGAGACAUCCAAACCCGCCGACUCAAGCUUUGGGAGGAUAGUUUUGAAGAAUUACUUGCUGAUUCAUUAGGUCGAGAAACUCUUCAAAAAUUCCUUGACAAAGAAUAUUCUGGAGAAAACUUGCGGUUUUGGUGGGAGGUACAAAAGCUGCGAAAGUGCAGUUCAAGAAUGGUUCCAGUUAUGGUAACAGAGAUUUACAACGAGUUUAUCGAUACAAAUGCGGCAACGUCGCCGGUCAAUGUGGAUUGUAAAGUGAUGGAAGUGACCGAAGACAAUUUAAAGAAUCCAAAUCGGUGGAGUUUUGAUGAAGCAGCGGAUCAUAUCUACUGCCUUAUGAAGAACGAUAGUUAUCAACGCUUUCUUCGUUCAGAAAUUUAUAAGGAUUUAGUAUUACAAUCAAGAAAGAAGGUGAAUCAAAAAGGUCCAAAAGGUUUCUUAACUGGAAAUCUUCCAUCAUUCUCCAAUGCAGUACGUACAAAUCUUCAUGUUGGACAACAAGGAUCAUCGUGUUCACCAACAUCAAAUGCUCCUCCUUAAAGAUUUCAAAAUUACUAGUUCUUUGUUUCUCUAUCGGUUGCUUCUAGAUGGGUUUUUGAUUAGCUUCCGCCACCAUUUUUCGUAAAUCACUUACUCUAGCAUUAUGUGUUCGUUAUAGAACACACUCCACCAGUUUUUGUUUCGUUUGAAAUUAUACACGAUUUCAGUGCAAACUUUGGUAUCCGGUUGACUGAAAAUCACAUAUUUUGUGAGCUAUUCUUAAAAUUUAUCCUACGAUCGCAAUUUUCUGAGACGAGUAUUUCAAGACGCACUGGUAUAUUUGGAUGGGUCUCGCCACGAGAAAAUUUUAUGGCUGUACUUGUCAGAAAUUAUGGACAAAAUCAAGAAAAUUUGACAAAAACUGAUAAAUUUUCAUUUCUGAAUAAAACGAAAAGCAAUCAUAGAAAUAUUCAACCAUAAAAUUUUUCGCGACAAGACCCAUCUGAAGAAAUUCAUGCGACUUUAAUCCGGAGUUUCAGGAAAUUAGGAAAUUACGUUAUUCUUAAAAUAUAACCACACACUUACAGGUUCACAAAGCUUUAAACUAGGCCAAUUACCCAAAAAAUAAUUUAGAAAUUCUAUAAGAAUAGCUUUCAAAAUUAUUGAUUUCUCAUAAAGCUCAAAAUGUGAACAAUUUUGAAACCACGUGGAUAUCCAAGACCGCACAAAAAUCUUCUCAAAACUGUUGUUGCUUUAAUUAGUGUGCUUUUUUCGAUUUUCGUGAAAAUGGUGGAUUUUGCCAAAUGUGCUAAAUUCCUCAUAUAGUUUCCCAUUUGCCCUUUGUAUUUUGUUUUAUUUCUCUCAAUCAUUUUCCGGUUUUGUCUUUAAAAAUAAUUUCCUCUUUAUCCUCAAAAAAAAUUAAUUUGCUUUUUCUCAAUUGCAUCUAGUUUUGCACUCAUGCAUUUCCGAACAUUCCGUCUUUACUUUGUUUUGAAAAAAAAACCAAAAGAAUCGUUUUCUUUACUCUCAUUCGAAAUCACCAAAAAUCUAGAUCCCAAUUUCAAAAUUACUCGUUUUGACUGCAACUUUCCAUAGAAUCGCUUAUGUUUCUUCCCCUGAACGCAUUUAUAUUGCAUUAAUAUUAUUGACAACACUUUAAUUUGGUAAAUUUGGUUUCUUGUCCUCAUGUUUUUUGAGUCUUCGCCCGUUUCUCAUGUAAAUCUCAGUCGACGCUCUCAUGCAACAUUUGAUGACCUCUUUUAUGAAUAAAUCGUUUGAAAAUCAAAACAAA